AUGUCUUCGAGAGCUCGAAAGAUUUUAGGAUUGAUUGUAGAAAAUACCAUGCAAGAUAAUAAAAAUACUAUAGGAGAUUAUAAUUUAAUAGAGAAUUGCAAGAAUAGCAAUAAGGAUUUCAAUCACGAGGUACAAAAUGAAACUAGUGAAUCUAUUGAAAUGAAGGACAAGAUAGAUCCAAAAGGUAAAAAUAUGAUAGCGAAAUCAGUCGUGGAUAGCUUGGAUAAAAGAAUUGAAGCAUCUAUAUCAAAAUCUCGCUUUAAAAAUUCACAGUGUAAUAAAAGCCUGGUGCCUUAUUACGAUAGUGACAUUUCAUUUUCCGGACAAUGA